AUGGCCAUGGAAGAUAGCUACGACGUUCUAGUUAUUGGAGGCGGGGUUGUUGGGCUGACCAUUCUCCGGUUUGCUACUUUGAAAGGGUGGAAAUGCGCCUUGGUCGAAGCAGAGCCUGAUUUGUUGACAUGGGCCAGUGGAUCCAACAGUGGCAUUGCAUGCACAGGAGUCGACGCUUCUCCCGGCACGCUGGAACGAGCCCUCAUUCGAGACUCGGUCUCGCGUGUGCGACCCUUUUGUCGAGACCACAACAUACCCACACGACCACGUGGGUCUCUCGUUUGCCAAUGGCCGUGGGAUAGUACCACGGAAGCUCUGCAGCACGUGCUACAAGAGUCUCAUGAUGCGGGAGAUACCCAUGCAUCGAUCUUGUCCGCCCAGCAAGUGCAAGCAUUGGAACCCAACUUGUCCAAAAAUUGCCGUGGAGCGGUUCAUAUUCCAGGGGAAAUUGUAGUGGACCCAUGGCUCUUUUCCAUUGCCUAUGCAGUACACGCACGCGAGAAUGGAGCUACAAUCUACACCCACUGGAAGUUUGACCCACAAAAGUCAUUCUUUGAUGGCAAUACCUGGACGGCAGUCAGGGAAUCAUCAUUAUCAACUGAUACCGGACCAUCGGUCUUGAAAGCCAAGACAAUUGUCAAUGCCACGGGUUUGUGGAGCGAUGAGAUACAAUCCAAACUACACCAAAACAAUCCACAGCAAUCUGCAGCCAGCAGCAGCAACAACCAAUGGACUGCCAAACCAAGGAGGGGUCAGUACCUCUUGUUCCAAUCGACACCCCGCACACGAAUAGUGCACCCGAUUCAACCCGUUCCGACGCAGCGAACCAAAGGCAUCUUUGUCUUUAGCACCCUCUAUGACCAGAUUGUGGUGGGACCCACAGCGUUGGAUCAAGAGUCCAAAACCAACCGCCAAGUCGACCCUACCGUGGCCAAGGAACUGGCUCGGUACGCUCAAAAGAUUAUUGCUGGUCUCGACCCACAAGCAUCCUAUGUGGGAUCCUACGUGGGCAUUAGACCUGGAACGGACAAGCGAGAUUAUCAAAUCCACACAUCUCCGGCUCUUCACUACGUGGCCGCCGCAGGCAUUCGAUCAACCGGGUUGACAGCCAGCUUGGGCAUUGGGCGGCACAUUUGCCAUUUGUUGGGUUCCUUCCUGUCCGAGCCAACCACCGCCACCAUUCGCACGACGCCCCUGCCAAAUGUUGCCACCCUAGUCCAACAAUACCAUCAACGAGGUGAUCAGACAGUUUGCAUUCAAGGUCACAUCUAUAAAGUGACGCAUCCAUUGACAAAGUUUGGCUGGGAGAGGCAGUCGGGUUUGGCCGACACACACACAGCAGGCAACAAUGUUAUUAUGGAUGCCAGUAGCAAACUUUAG